UUUUUAGCACUGAGAUAACUCAAAAGUGCGUUUCACUUAAAAUGAUGUAGCAUGUUAAGACAGGUUGGGAGAGACUAAAGAAUUUUAUCACUGAAUUGAAAGACAUUUGCUGCUUUGGCCACACCCUUCAAAAGACAGUAGAACAUGAACACAGGUUGUUUUGUGCACAAGGACCAGUAAACAGCAAGUGAAUCUUAAAGGAUAAAGGAUUUUUCCCUACUGUGAGAAGAGGCUGCUUCCAAAGAAGAGUAACGUGUGGAGACCUCUGCACGCCUAGAAUACCAACUGAAAUUGCAGUUUCCAGAUGGCUUUCAAGCACAGUGGAUUGUCUUUCUGUAGGUUGUGCAACGACAACUUAAAAUAUGGGAUCUAAGAAAUCCAAACCAGAUGAUGAACAACAUUUAUUAGGGGAUACAGAUGAUGAAAUAACAGUGCUCUUUGACAAGAUCAAAAUUGUGCUCAUUGGAUGUCAGAAAGCUGGGAAAAAUAAGAUUGGAAAUGCCAUUCUCGGGAAGAACGCCUUCACAUACCUGAACACACGUAAAGAACACUACUUGAAGGAUGACAACACAAUAUUUGGAAGACGCAUUACGUUAAUCCGUGUCCCUGGUUGGUCUCAAGACUUGAGCUCUGAUGAUAUUAAGCAAUUUAAAAUCCAGCAAGUGAUUAAAGACAGUGUGAAGUCGUUUAAAGAUGGACCUCAUGCUAUUCUACUGGUUGUGAAAAGAAACACGACACUUACAGAGACAACAAGAGAGACACUGGAAAAACUUUUGGGUUCCAAUGUUUCUGAGCAUAUGCUAGUUUUUUCUAUAGAUGGAGCAAAGAUUUCAUUUGCUACCAUGAUUGACCACUGUGCAGAGAGGAGACAAACAACAAUUGACAGAUGCAAAAAAAGAUAUCACCUCUUUAGGAGAUGCAUGUGUGGAAAGCAAAACAUGGAGUUAAUUGAAAUAAUUGAGGACUUCAUUAUGAAGAAGAAAGCCAUUAAUUUUCAUUCCACUGGGAAGGAACAACCAAAGCCUGAACGGCAGGUUCAGCAGCUGGCUACUCUGGUGAAUAGACUGAAACAGAGAAUUUCAGAUCUGAGUGAGUACAUCUCAAAAUUACAAUCACGCAACCAGACAGAGACUUCUAAACUGCGAAGAACAAUAGAGUUAAAGAAUGAAGAAAUAAGGAAUCUACAAGCUGUGCUGAGACAAAAGGAGGAAGCACUGAGAGAAAUGAAGGAGGCGACAGAAAGACUAAGGUCAAACCAAAGUACCACAGAGAUGUCUGCCCUGCAUGAAAGGAUAACACAGCUUGAGAAUGAAGGAAGAGAAAGAGAAAAGGAGCUUCAGAAAAUGUUGGAAGAAAAUGAACAGAAAAAGGCAGAGAUAAGAACAUUGAAAGAAGAAAAUCAAGAAUUAAAGGACAUUUUGUGUGUGCAAGAAAGAAAAAAGAGGCAAAUCCAAAGGAGGAUGACAAACGGAACCGAGGCAGAAUCAUUUGAAUUAUAUGUGCUGCUCCCAACAGACUGCAACUGCAGCAACAUUGAAGGUGGAAUGGAAAAAUUCAAACAAGCUGGCAUGGCAGGGGCAGAAUUUGUGGACUCAAACCGCAAAGAACUCAUUAAAAGAGUUGUGUCAGUGGAUCCCAUUCUUGAUGAAUUAUAUCAGUUUAUUGGCGAUGAUAAGUAUUCACAAAUCCGACUCGCUAAAACGAACCCGGACAAAAUGAGGGAGCUCUACACAAUCUUAGAUGGAGCAGGACAGAUGCUGAAGGCAGAGUUUUACAACAGUCUUUUAAACCAUGAGAAGUGUCUUGUUGAAGAUUUGUGUUAUAGAGGAAACCCUCAGCCUACUUCUGCUCCAUAAAUGUUAGGACUAUUUCUAGACUGUUUAAAAACAGGGUAGGCCUAAUUUGUGAUAUUGGGAGUGAUUUUUAUUCAUGAAAAUACUAUUAUAUGACUAAAGUAAUGCUCUUUACCAGCGUGUUUUUGUUGUUUCUUCCCUCUAUAAGGUACUGCUCCCUUGUGGACAAGUAAAGUUAUAUUUCAAUGUGUAGUAAAAAUGUACUCAGGUUAGUCCAGUAGAUUAUCACAUUUCACUUAUUAUUAUUGUUGUUGUGCAGACCUGCUAUCAUUAGUCAUUAUCCUUGUUGUUGUUUUUGUUUAUUCAUUCUUUUUUUUUAACUUAGUGUUUGUAGAGUAGAUCUUAGGAGUAGAGCUAAUUAAACUGUACAUCAUGGGUAGCCAAACUGUUUUCUAUGUUUGUCAAACUGCACUGGAUAAAUGUAUAUAUUUCAAUGUUCAGCUUAAAAAAAUUAAAAAAAUACAGCUUAUGUCAAAUAAAGAGCCUGAAUAAUAUGA